AUGACGCUGAGGCGAGCAGCAGCUGUGCUCUGCUCGGAGCGCACUUGUGUUUUCGAGAACCUCGCUCUUGAGGAGUGGCUGCUUCGGCACGCGCUUGAGAAGCACCACGUUAGCCACGUGCUCUUGCUGUACCGCAAUAGUCCGUCCGUAGUGAUCGGGAGAAACCAAAACCCCUGGACGGAGAGCAACCUCUGGUUACUUGCACAACUUGAAGCAGCCGACGGCUCUAUUAGUAGCGGAAGCACGAACGCACUGGUGCAGCCGUUCCUUGCCCGGCGCUUCUCGGGAGGUGGGGCAGUCGUCCACGAUCUCGGCAACCUAAACUUUAGCUUCAUAUCGCCCAAAAGUGACUUUAACCGGCGGGGUAACGUGGAGUGGCUGGCGAAUACGCUACGAGGAGCGUUUCGAGACCUGCACCUCGAGAUUAACCAGCGUAACGAUAUUCUGUGCGACGGGUUCAAGGUGAGCGGCUCCGCAUAUCGGCUGACCGGCGAUGUUGCGCUACACCACGGAACUCUUUUGAUCCGGUCAGACUUGGGUCGUCUGCGCGGCCUCCUGACGCCGACCACGCGCAGCGAAAGUUCGGGCAUCGCGGCUGCUCAUCGGCGGCACGCGGUGGCGAAACUCGCUGCUGAGACCGGGCAAGUCGGCCCGUCAACGCGCUGGUACUCACCGAUGUCGGCCGGCUUGAGGACUACGUUUGCGGAUGUACGUGGUACGCCGAGUGUCCGCGCACGAGUCGGAAAUCUUAUCGACAUGGUGCCUUCGAUGGAUGUCGACCGAGUUGCGCAGCUGUGCGUGCGGCAAUUCCGAAUGGACUUUGACGCCAAAGUACUUUCAGUUGCCCAAGUUGACUGGGACGCUGUUCGUGAGAUAGCUGAUCGCUUAGCCGACCCGCAGUGGAUCCUCGGUGAGACUCCCGCAUUUCGAGUCAAAGUUGAAGGCGUUUCGCUGUGCCCUGACCUGCACGUGGAAGUGGAGCUUCGCGCCCGCCGCAAGGGAGGUUGGAUCGAUGACAUUGCGCUAAGCACUGCAGGUUCCGUGCGUGCCGCGCAGACCACGCUGGACGCUGUCCAGGCUGCACUGCAGGAAAUGCUCGCGGCGCACUGCCGACUCGAUGGGUGGGCGAUCCGCACCAGUUUACGCCGCUGGCUGCGUGAUCACGCGCGGGAUCAGAGCCGGCCGCAUCGCGACUAUCUGCGGGCGAUCGGGGAAGCGCUGGCAGAUUGCUUGCCUCCGGUUCAAUCUUGGCUUGAAAAUCAGCGUGCUCGAGCCCGGGCCGCGAUAGCCUGUAAUCAUGAUGCUCCAUCGACAUCGUGCGCUCGAACCGAUAGCUUGUAG